UGGAAGGUGGCAUUGGCAUGCGGCCAGUCGCGCGCCGCAGUCGACAGAAAUCCUGACCUCCAUCUUCCUACCCGCUGGCACUGCACACAUCCUGUGCCAGCGACAAACGACGAGUCCACCCACGGACAACUGAUUAAUUGAUGGCCAAAUCCACGCGCUGUUACACAGCUUCACGCCAGAAGCAAUAUUGGGGGCAGUCAUGGACCUGAAGUCGAUGCUCAACGAUUCUUCGACACAGCGACACCAACACCACCAUCAACCUCAACCGCACCCUCCGCCUCGACUUCACACACCACAAUCGUCCUACGAACACACCCCCUCGUACGAGUCUCAUCCUCCCCUCGAGCGGCCUGCAUUGCCAUCGUCGUCCUCGUCGUAUCAUCAGCCGGCGCCGCCAUCAAAUGAAUACCGCACCUCUGCUAACGGCUCCUAUUUUGCGGUGCAGUCACCCCAACAACAAAACUCGGCCUCCGCCUCAGCGUCGACGCCAAGCGCAACCGGUCAGCCCUUUUAUGCGCAGAGCCCUGGGCCGCAUGGACAGAUACAUACUCCUCGUGAAGGGAUUCCACCUUCGCAUCCGUAUCAGUCUCCCUUUGUUCCCUCACCGUCUCCGUCUGGGCCUUACCCUCCAACCCCAGGAUCCGUCCACCACUAUCAAGCCGCUACACCUUCGUCUGCCACAACAUAUCAUCAGUCCAGCGCGCACCCUUCCCUGAGCGCCCAAUCUCCUACUCCUAGAGACGACUACAUUUCUACAAACGGUCUUGCGCAUGCCCAGCAGAGGCACGUUUCACCUCAGGCUCAAUUUCACCCUCCUCCAGUCACUCCCCUCGGUCCACCGGUUACCUACACUCGUCCAUCACCUUACCCUCAUCGUCCGACCUCCCAUGGCCACGAGAGUGUGAGAAGGUCGUCUGUCGGCUCGGUUGGUUCAGUGCAGAGCAGGGAAUACAAUCAGCCUCCAUACCCGCAAGCGGAACAUUCUCGGAGUGCCAGUGGGAGCAUACAAAGGACUUAUUCUGGGGACUUGCGGGAACGUGAACGGAGCAUCGAGAGUGUCAGUCCCAAGACGAUUCCCAAGCCCCCACCGGGCCGUCGCCAGAGUGUUGGGCGGUACCAGGAGUCCAUGUCUGACCCGUAUCCCAAUGCUCAGCCUAAUCGGGCGUCCAUCUCCAACUCCAUCUCAAAUGCUCAAUUCCACACCACGCCAGAUCGGAAUAUUGAGAAUCACAGUCAUGAGACGACGCCCAAGUCCUUUUCCAUGUCAGCUGAGCCUAAACCUGGGGCCCCGUACCCAGAUCCCCGCCCGAGUCCUGGUUUAGGUGCUGCGAACCAAUAUAACUCAACAACACCUCAUCUGACAAAUUCAUCUCUACCCGCACAACAGAGUCCUCCAGCAAACGCUCCGCCUCAACCUUCGUUGAAACGAACUGCAAGUCAUUUGUCUGAUGUUGCAACCACGCCCUUACCCCCUAAAAAGAGACCGCGUCGAGACGAGAUUCCCAUAUGGGCGCACAGCGCUCGUCGUAACCUGCCCUUGAGAUUCGGUGAACCCAUCGAUUGGAGUCCACCACCACGGCAGGCCGUCACGCCAAGGACACCUGGGUCGCCGAGGAACGAUAUCGCGGUGAAGAAGGAAUCCGUGGCUUCACAAGCUGUUAAUGGGCAAGUGCAACAUCACGCGGCGACGCCACCGGGCGAGCCUCGGUGGGAGCCCUCCAUCACUGGCGAUUCAGCAUACGAUGAUCUUACCCGUCAUGUCUGUGACUGGAUCUAUUUCGUUAUCGGCAACGCUGAUGCCCCUACUGGUGGAGCCAUGUUCGAGAUCGAAGCCAAAGUCGGCAUGAUAUUUGACGAGCAGGCGAGCUUUCGGCUGACUCUACCUGUGGAAACGGAGACAGUGUUCAACAGAGAAAAAUUUAGGGGAAAGACGAGUUUCAAGAGUUCCAUGAACAUGGCUCAGCACCAGGCCAUGAAUAAAUUUCUCAACGGCCUCGUCUGGGAGUCGUACCGGGCAUCCCAGGCAUCCGGAGAACCGCCAAGGGUUGAUUAUAGUCACCCCCAUGAGUACGACGAAUUCUACGAGUUGACAGAAGUCGGUCGGAAAAACCUGCCACCGUCCAUAAUGACAUGGCUCAAUCCUCGACACACACCUCGAGUACGCCGUACGAUCGACGAAAAAACGAACACGGUCAAGGCACAGAUCAUCAAGUCACGGAUUGCAGACCUGGAAGUCUACAAUCCUCGGGCUGAUUUCGACUAUCGCAUCUCCAUCUCGAUCGAAAGCCCAUGGGAAGGAGACCCAAACUGGCUGGCUGAGAUGACUGAAGGUGGCCGCGACAGAAAGAAGGACAGAAUGAGCUACAGGCACUUGGCGUACCAGAUUGACCUGACUCAAGUGAGUUACCCCAACAGCACGGUUAAGGAGCACGAGUUGGAGGUGGAGAUUAGCACGGAGCAGGUCCGGAUCGAGCUGGCGAACAUCAAAGCCAGCCAACCUAGCAAGUAUGAAAAGCUCGUGAGAGGGUUCGUUGAUAAUGUCAGGAUAUUAUGUCGGGAAGGGACGCUUCAGAGGCAGCCCAAGUGAGGGCUGGAAGCAUUCGAAACAGGUCAGGCUGGGUCUACGCUCCGGGAGGCUUCGAAGAGACAUGAGAAAUAUGUUUCGCUUCUCCUUUUGAUACCCUUGUAAUACCAGAAACACAAUUCUAGUUGCUAUGCUGCUAUGAAAGGUUUAUAGUUGGUUCUGUGGCCCUGAAGACGAGGCUGCGGG